GCCCCGGGGCGCCGGCGGGUGCCGGCAGGGGGCGCCCUGGCGCAGAGCCGCAGUCGCGGGCGGUCCCUCGGGCCCCGCCGCCGCCGCCGGGCCGGGCCGCGCCAGGAGCGGCCGCACCGGGCGAUGAGAUGACAGCGGCCACCCUGCAGAAAGCCAUCGACCUGGUCACCAGAGCCACCGAAGAGGACAAGGCCAAGAACUAUGAGGAGGCGCUGCGGCUGUACCAGCACGCCGUGGAGUGCUUCCUACACGCCAUCAAAUAUGAAGCGCACAGUGACAAGGCGAAGGAGAGCAUCCGGGCCAAGUGCAUGCAGUACUUGGACCGGGCGGAGAAGCUGAAGGAGUACCUGCGCAGCAAGGACAAGCAGGGCAAGAAGCCGGUUAAAGAGUCCCAGAAUGACAACAAGGGGAGUGACAGUGACAGCGAGGGCGAAAACCCGGAGAAGAAGAAGCUGCAGGAACAGCUGAUGGGUGCCAUCAUGAUGGAGAAGCCCAAUGUGCGGUGGAGUGACGUGGCCGGCCUGGAAGGAGCCAAGGAAGCUCUGAAGGAGGCUGUGAUCCUGCCCAUCAAGUUCCCACACUUGUUUACUGGGAAGCGCACGCCCUGGCGAGGGAUCCUGCUCUUUGGGCCCCCUGGCACCGGCAAGUCCUACUUGGCCAAGGCCGUGGCCACUGAAGCCAACAACUCCACCUUCUUCUCUGUGUCAUCCUCCGACCUGAUGUCGAAGUGGCUGGGAGAGAGCGAGAAGCUGGUGAAGAACCUGUUUGAGCUGGCAAGGCAGCACAAGCCCUCCAUCAUCUUCAUCGACGAGGUGGACUCACUGUGCGGCUCCCGCAAUGAGAACGAAAGUGAGGCGGCGAGGCGCAUCAAGACGGAGUUCCUGGUGCAGAUGCAAGGUGUGGGGAACAGCAGCGAUGGGAUCCUGGUGCUGGGUGCCACCAACAUCCCUUGGGUGCUGGACUCGGCCAUCAGGAGAAGGUUUGAGAAGCGCAUCUACAUCCCACUGCCCGAGGAGGCAGCCCGGGCCCAGAUGUUCAAGAUCCAUCUGGGCAACACCCCGCACUGCCUGACAGACGCCAACAUCCAGGAGCUGGCCCGCAAGACAGACGGCUACUCGGGGGCCGACAUCAGCAUCAUCGUGCGGGAUGCCCUGAUGCAGCCUGUCCGCAAAGUCCAGUCAGCAACGCACUUCAAGAAGGUCCGUGGUCCCUCCCGCACCACUCCUGGUGCUUUUGUGGAUGACCUGCUGACACCGUGCUCGCCUGGUGACCCAGGUGCCACUGAGAUGACCUGGAUGGAGGUGCCCAGUGACAAGCUGAUGGAGCCCAUCGUCUGCAUGUCGGACAUGCUGCGCUCACUGGCCACCACCCGCCCCACCGUCAACGCUGAUGAUCUCCUGAAGGUGAAGAAAUUCACGGAGGAUUUUGGACAGGAAGGUUAAAAAGCUGGGGUGGGUGAGCGUGGGGUUGGGGCAGCCACACUGGCAGGGCCCUGCUGUGCCCCCCCCCUCCCCCCCCCCCCAGCCCCGACACUGCUGGCCAUGCCAAACAGGUUCAUCUUCCGCUCACUGUCCACCCCAUCACACUGGCACCUGGCCAGGCACUGGGAGCAUGGCCCGGGGGGGCUGACACUACGGGGAGGGGGGGUGGGGGGGACUGUGUCCGAGCAUGGCCUGGGUGGCCAGGUGCUCCCACUGGGUGCGCCCCACUCUUCUUCCUGCUCUUUUUUUUUUUUAUUUUUUAAAUUAAUGCUGCUUGGGUUCUGUCUUGUUUAUAUGACAAUAAAAACAAUCCAAAAGCUUCAGCAGGUGCCCGGCCCCUACCUGAGGCUCUGACUGCACUGGGGGACCCAGCCCAGCCCCCCCUACCCCACCCACCCCCAGCCAGCACCGCACGUCCCCCCGUGCAGUCCCCAGGCCCAGUUCAGCCCCAUCCUGGUGCCAGCCUUGCGCCCUGGCUGCUGCGCAUGCCACAACCCUGGCUCUCAAACAUCCCCUUGAAGAGGAAGAUCUGCCGCCCAUCACCCCCCCCGCGCAGCCAGUCUUGUUCCUAGACCCACAAAAUGAUUUCAGGUGCAAAGGGCAGCCUGGGGAGCCAGCGGGCAGGAAGGGCCGGUAGCCAUGCUGCAUCCACAGUGUGUAUUGGCUGCAAUAAAACCGAGUGGGAGCCCUCGUG